UUUAUAGCGGACAAGGAACUUGUAAAUGCUUCUAGCUUCAACAACUAAAGAACUUAUGUAGAGAAAUGCCGCUCUUUAACGUCUGACUCUACAGACAUCAUACCUCCAAAUGUUAUAAUGGUACGCUUCUAAGAUUUAGUCUCUACUUCUUCUUUUUAUUAAAGCGCGAUAUUCGCAGGUAGUCAUAAAAAUGUCUAAUUAUCAACCCCAUACCGAUCAAAUCCGUCUUCCAGCAUUGACGAUACUUUUAUCUUCCCGAUUAUGUCAACACCAUUCAUAUGCCGUCAAUGCACAGCCCGGCUUUCCCUGACCCAUUCUGUGCGAAUCCGACCGAAGCGUUUCGAAACACAUGCUGCAGCCGUAUCGGCAGAACAGAGACGAGGGCACUCGACCGGAUACGAUUUUACGAAUAACCAGGGAGAUGAACUUCUAACAUACAACUCGGACCCGCAAGCCUUUAGGUAUGAAACGGCCAUAGAAGAACAGCCAAGGUGGAACGGACAAUUGGAGAAGUUUACCCAUUGGCGCCGACCAGAUGUGAAAAAGCUCCGUAAACUUCAAGUUUCUGGUUCCCAAGACCUAAAAACGAAAAUCUUACGGUGUCUAGGGGACUAUAGAUUCUUACAUGACGAUUUGAUACGCUUCUAUAGCCUUUCGCCUCAAGAAGCGCGCCAUGCGAUAAGCCAGCUAGAAAGGUUACUUGGGGGACGGUCAGCCGCGGAAGCUGGGGCACUGCUUGAACAGUUUCAUCUAUGGAAAUCCCAUUUCAAAAAGCUAUCGGAAAUUGUUUCCGGUGGGAAUUCUACUUCUGGGAAUAAAGAUGAUUUACCCGAAGAUCCCUUAUGGAAAUUCUCGGCGAAACAGGACGUUGAAGCGAUGAAGGAAGUGUGGCAGAGACAGGACCAAACAAGGCGCGGGUAUCUAUGGCCUCAAGCGAUCAUAUCCGCAUUCCGCUCACACUUGAACACAAUACCAAAUCUUAUCCGGGCUACGUUUCAACCCUCGUGGUGCCCAAAUUACAUCGUGGAGGACGUGGUUUAUCUCCUUUCCCGGACUUUAGAUAAUGGCCAGACCAGCAAGGGUGACCGAUGGCAGGUUGUUGAACUCGUCUUUUUCUUGCUCAAGAACAGUACCCCAAGGUAUAUGAUUUUAGAGCAAAUUACUAUAUGGAAAGUCAUGUCCUUCAUCCCGACUGAGAGGCUAGUUGAGCUUCAUGAAAGCCUGAGAAGUAUGGAACAUCCCCUUACCCAUCACACUUUGCUACAUUUCGCAAGUCUCUUUGCCCGUAGUUCAAAGCAUAAAGUACACGCAGCUGAAGUCUUACAUUCUCUUGCGAGCGUUCCUGGUUUCAAUAUUAAUUCGCCAGCGUCGAUCAGUGUCUGUACCACUCUCCUCUCGGUGCAAGAGGGCAAGUUACCGGGAAAUCAUGCAGCUCCCGAUGAGCUAUUUAAAAUGCUUUUGGAUGCCGGGUUCCAGCCGAAUAUCCUCACUUUGUCUACACUCAUGCGGAACUUUUGCAUUCGCGGGCGAGUCGAGGUCGCAUUAGACAUAUUUGACCUCUUAAAGAACUAUAGGAUCGAACCGGAUCCGCAAAUAUUCUCGAUUCUCAUCAACGGGGCAAAGCAAAGUCUGGAUAUACAGGCGCUCUCACGCAUUGUCUCCAUGAUUGAGAGCCGUAAAGCCUGGUUUAUACACCUUGUCAAUGAUUUAUUGGAUUUCGUAUACCAAUACAACGAGUCUCUACGAGAACAUAGGCGGAGACAACGGAAAACUGACACAGCACGUGCCUGGCGGUUGAUGGUCCAGAUAUACUUCAAGUUCUUUAAAUCUGCCCCAUUGCAGAAGCUCACUCUUUUCCCACUGGAGAAGUUACUUUUCAAACGUCCAGAGCAGAUAUCUCCGAAGCUGAGACCAAUGGACGAAUUUGCCACCCACCUAAACCCAUUACCGGAUGCAUUGCUUAUAGAACCAGAUAGCAUCACCCUGGGACUCAUGUUCAGAGUCCAUUUUUGGACUAUUCAGCGGCCAGGGCCUCUAGAAAUGUACUACAAGUACUUCAUUAAGCAAUUAAAUAAAGGUGAUCGGAUUAUGACCGAGCUCGUCAAAGAUCAGGGAACUAUGGUUUUCGACACAUUCUUACGAGAUUUUAUGCAAUUCAAGUCGACUUUCAAAAAAGGCCUCUUGAUCGUCCAAGACAUGCAUAACCGUGCGUACCGGGAGAAGGAAACGCUCGGGAAGAACGUACUUCACCCGCAGCCAUCGGUUCACACCUACACAAUAUUGAUAACGGCCCUCAGAAACCACCAUCACACCCAGGGAGUAAUCGUAAGUCUCAACAUGAUGAUGAAGGAAGGCAUCGUGCCCAAUAUCGUCACCUGGAAUACCGUGAUCGGAGCCCUGCUCCAGAAAGGUUAUCUGGAGGAAGCGGUCAGGGUCAUGCAAAAUCUGAAGCAGGUCGGGCUCGAGUCGACCGCCCGCACGGUGCAGGAGAUCACCAAGGUGGCCAAGUACAAGAGGCAACGGAUCGCCGAACUGAUGAGAGAGCUCAAACCCGUCGACACGAGCGACCAGCUCCAAUUCGCCAAAUCCCUAUUGCGCAGGUGGGAGAAGAAGAGGCACGAUCCCGUAGUAGACCAUCGACGGAUGGCAAGGGGUCGUAAGACACUUGAAAGGUCUCACGGGAUUGACGAGCUGAGUGUAGAAUCAGAAUCUUCUGAUCGAUCUUCCGAUCCAGCUUGAGCUGAGACCAUGGGCUGCGUGGGGGGAGGGGGGGCGACGGGUGGGUGGUCUUGUGGUACUAUCUGUACUAUCUAAAACGAUCAGGGACUGGAGGAUAUUAUGCAUGUCCAAAGCUGAUAUCCCCUGCUGGGAGGACAUUGUACUACCAAUGUAUUCUGAGAUAAAGUGCUUCGUUGACCCUCGUCAAUCUAACGAAGCACAUCCGUACCGUAUUGUAUAUAUUAUAGGUCAGGUCGGUACUUGGGUACGCUUAGCAUUAGAUUUAGGUACCUAGUGGCAUGGUACAGUACAUACGGUUCCAGUAAUGGAAAGGAAAGAUACGAUACCCUCUCCCUAUUAUCGUAGACAAAAAAAAAAUAUAGAAUCGUAUCUCAAAUAAAAUAUAUUCAGCA